UAAAAACAAUAAACAUUUUAACAACACAGCAUUGCUCUUUUAUCUCGCAAAGACGACCAUGGCUGCUUGCAAAGACUGGGCCACAGAGCCAGACCAAGAAGUAUCAGUAAAAAUCUCCCUCUCUGGCCCUGGCUCGCUGCCACCCACCACCGUCUGUGAAGCAUUUAAAAAGACUGUCCUUAAAUAUCCUGGGCAUCUGGCCCUCAAAGUAAAGAGAGGCGAGAGUGGGAUCUGGAAAAGCUGGACUUACAGAGAAUAUUAUGACAGCGUGAGUGGAGCUGCUAAAUCAAUGGUAAAGCUUGGACUGGAGGCACAUCAUGGAGUUGGGAUACUUGGAUUCAAUUCCCCUGAGUGGUUCUUCACUUAUAUUGGAGCUAUCAUGGCUGGCGGUAUUGCAACAGGCAUCUACACUACUAACAACAAAGAGACGUGUCAGUAUAUCGCUAAAGAUUGCCGUGCUCAAAUUUUCUUUUGCGAAAACGAGACUCAAGUGAACAAACUACUAGAAGCUAAAGACUCGUUGCCAGAUUUAAAGGUCAUUGUUCAGUAUUUGCCUGAAUCAGUCCAGCCUGUUUCUCCGAGACACAAAGAAGCUGGUGUACUCUCUUGGGAUCAAUUCAUUGAUUGUGGAAAAGAUGUACCAGAUUAUGAGCUAAAGUGGAGGAUAGAGGCCCAGAAGCCAGGACACUGUGCAUCACUUGUUUAUACAUCAGGGACUACUGGAUCUCCAAAAGGUGUCAUGUUAAGUCAUGAUAAUCUAACAUGGUGUGGUCUUGUAGUUGCUAAAAGAUACGACUUUAAUGAGAAUUUUCGUAUUAUUAGCUAUUUGCCAUUGAGUCACAUAGCAGCUCAGAUGAUUGACAUAAUGGCUGCAGUAAUGAUUGGACAUACAGUGUGGUUUGCCCAACCUGAUGCACUGAAAGGAACAAUCAAGAGUACAUUACUGGAGGUCCAGCCAACACUCUUCUUUGCCGUCCCAAGAGUUUGGGAAAAAUUUAAGGAAGUGAUCGAGAGAGAAACUAGUGAGAUUUCAGGACUAAAAGGAUUUAUACUGGAGAAGUCAAAAAGUAUUGGCAAGAAAACUCAGUUAAAGAGACAAGUGGGUGGAGAUGUUUCAUGGGGUCAUUGGAUUGCUGAAAAAGCUGUUUUCAAAGGACUUAGGAGCAAGAUGGGUUUAAACAACUGCAUCAUGAUGGCAACAGGGGCUGCUCCAUUACCGAGAGCAGUGGCCGAGUUUUUUGCUCAGUUUGACAUCACACUCUGUCAGAUGUAUGGGAUGAGUGAAACCACAGGAACUGGCUGCAUCAACAGUCCGACUUGUUUCAGGCCAUUCUCAGUUGGUCAGGUAGCCCCUGGUACAGAGGUAAAGCUGGAUAGUCCUGGUCCUAAUAGAGAUGGGGAGAUAUGCCUCAGAGGAAGGAACGUGUUUAUGGGGUACUUGCACGAAGAGGCAAAGAUGAAGGAAAUAUUUGAUGAAGAGGGCUGGCUUCAUUCAGGAGACAUUGGCAGUGUAGAUAAAGAUGGUUUUUAUUAUAUAACCGGACGCUUAAAGGAAAUGAUAAUAACGAAAGGAGGAGAGAAUGUAGCACCAGUACCAAUUGAAGAAAAAAUGUUAAAGACAGUGAGAUUAUUAAGUAAUGCAAUGGUCAUUGGCGAUGAUCAACAAUUUUUAACAAUUUUUGUAACUAUAAAGUGUAAGUUUGAUGAAUCGAAUAAUCCAACUGAUGAACUUGAUCCAAUUGCUAAAGGAAUACUGCAUGAUAUUGGAUCAGAAUCCACCACUGUAUCAGAGGUGCUAACAGAUCCAUUAGUGAAGCAGUACAUACAGCAAGGCAUUGAUAAAGUGAAUGAAGAAGCAAUAAGCAGAGCAGCACGCAUUCAGAAAUUUACAAUACUGCCAGUUGAUUUCAGCAUCAAUGGUGGAGAAUAUACGGCGACGCUUAAAGUUAAAAGAAGAGUUAUAAUUGAGAAAUAUCAUGAACAUAUUACACACAUGUACUCUACUGCUAAUAGUAAUGGGGCAACUGUCCAGUGAUUUAUGUCAGUAUAUUUAGAUUUAUUGAUCAUUAGUUACUGUAUUGGACCUUCAA